UCCAAGUCAUCUCUUUUGGGAGUAAUUUCUUUUUUCAAGCUUUUCAAUAAACCAACAUCUUAUAUAAUAACCACACUAACAUCUUAUAACAUAUCUUACUCAACUACCUACAACUCUUUCUAGCAAUCAUUUGAAUGAAAUCACUCAUGACUAUUCUUACUUCACAAAUGUCAUUUCUUUUACUUGUACUUUUUUAUAUAACAACAUUUCACAAAAGCAUGUCUAGCAAUCACAAGGUGGUUGGAUGCAAUGAAAAAGAUAAAAAGACUCUAUUAAUGUUCAAAAAUGGAUUAAUUGAUGAUUAUCAUAUGAUUUCAACGUGGACAAUCGAGAAAGAUUGUUGUUCAUGGGAAGGAGUUUAUUGUGACAACAUUACUGACAGAGUGACAAAAGUUGAUCUUAGCUUCAAUAAUUUGGAAGGUAAGAUCAAUCUUUGCAUUCUAGAACUUGAGUUUUUGAGUUAUUUGGAUUUGAGGGACAAUGCUUUUGAUGUGAUAAGUCUUCCAACCAUUCAACACAACAUCACACAUGCAUCUAAACUUGUGUACCUUGACUUAUCAUUCAACCAUGGUCAUAGACUUCAUAUGGAUAAUCUUCAUUGGCUUUCUCCACUUUCUUCCUUGAAAUACCUCAACCUCGGUGACAUUGACCUUCAUAAUGAAACCAAUUGGCUUCAAAUGGUUGUUCCACUUCCUUCACUAUUAGAGUUCAGGUGUAGUGCUUGUAACCUGAACAACUUCACAAUCAACCUGUCUAUUGAGAAUUUGAAUUUGACUUCACUUCAAACUCUUGAUCUUUCAUUCAACAACUUCAACUCUAAAUUACCUAAGCAGUUGUUUAAUCUCACCAAAGACCUUUCAUAUCUUGAUCUUUCAGUAAGCAAUAUAGUUGGUGAGAUACCUUCAAGCUUAUCAAACCUUAGAAAUUUGAGUUUCCUUGAUCUAUCUGUUAACCAAUUCAAAGGUUCAUUUCCAGAUGGAAUAGGCCAACUAGAAUAUAUUGAAUACCUUGAUAUAUCUUAUAACCAACUCAAAGGAUCAAUUCUAGAUGGAAUAGGCCAACUUACACAUCUUCACUACCUUGAUAUUUCUAGAAACAUGUUAAAUGGUUCUAAUGAUUUCUCUGGUGUAAUAUCACAAAUAACUUUUUCCAACCUCUCUCGUUUAGAGUUUCUAGACUUGAGUUGGUCAAAUUUUGUAUUCCAAUUCGAUUUGGAAUGGAUUCCUCCUUUUCAACUUCGUGAAUUGUGUUUGGAAUAUACAAAUCAAGGCCCCAACUUUCCAUCUUGGAUAUAUACACAAAAGUCACUUAAAGUACUCGACUUAUCAAAUUCAGGAAUUUCAUUGAUAGAUAUUAAUAAGUUUUCAAACUUGAUAGAAGGAAUACUUCAUCUCUAUUUGUCAAAUAAUUCGUUGAUCGGAGACAUAUCAAACCUAACACUAAAGUGUCAUAAUUUAUAUUUGGACCACAACAAUUUUACAGGAGGACUCCCAAACAUAUCACCAAUGGUUUAUAGCGUUGAUUUGUCUUACAACUCCUUCUCAGGAUCGAUUCCACAUAGUUGGAAGAACUUGAAAGACAUAUAUUACAUUAACUUGUGGAGUAAUGCGUUAUCUGGUGAAGUUCUAGGUCACCUCUCAAAUUUGAAACAAUUGAUUGUCAUGAAUUUGGGAGAAAAUGAAUUUUCUGGAACCAUACCAAUCAAUAUGUCACAACAAUUAGAAGUGAUCAUAUUGAGAGGUAACCAAUUUGAAGGGAUUAUUCCAACACAAUUAUUCAAUCUCUCUUCUUUGUUUCAUUUGGACCUUGCAUAUAACAAGCUUUCAGGAUCUAUAUCAGAGUGCGUUUAUAACUUAACUCAUAUGGUUACUUAUCAUGUCACUGAAAUUCCUAGGGCUACUGUUAAUUUGUUUACAAAAGGUCAAGAUUAUGUGUAUGAAGUCCGACCUGAAAGGAGAACUAUUGACCUUUCAUCUAAUAACUUUUCUGGAAAGGUGCCAAUGGAAUUAUUUCGGCUUGUUCAACUUCAAACAUUGAACUUAUCUCACAAUAAUUUCAUUGGAACGAUACCAAAGACAAUUGGAGGCAUGAAAAAUAUGGAAUCUCUUGAUCUUUCUAAUAACAAGUUUUGUGGUGAAAUUCCUCAGAGCAUGGUUCUUUUAAACUUUUUAGACUAUUUAAAUAUAUCUUACAAUAACUUUAGUGGAAAAAUCCCAACAGGGACUCAACUUCAAAGUUUUAAUGCAUCGAGCUACAUUGGGAAUCCAAAUUUGUGUGGAGCUCCUCUCAAAAACUGUACCACAGAAGAAGAGAAUCAUAAAUAUGCAACACCGUCUAAAGGGGAUGAAGAUUGUGAUUCUUUUAGAGAGUUUUUGUAUCUAGGCAUGGGAGUUGGAUUUGCAGUAAGUUUUUGGGGUAUUUGUGGCUCUUUGUUUCUCAUAAGGAAAUGGAGGCACACAUAUUUUCGAUUUCUUGAUCAAGUGGUUGAUAAACUCUAUGUAGCUUUGAUGGUAAAGUUAAAUAACUUUCAUUAAAACUAAGUACUUUCUUGUUAAGGUUAGUGAAACCUACUUUACACUUUUAUUCAUCACACUAGUAUGUGUUGUGUUAUCUUCAAAGACUUGUGGUUCCAAAUUCCAAUUAAUGUACGCUACAUUUAUUAA